AUGGGUGUAUGCUACUACUGUGGUGGACCCAGACAUCUUUCCUGGAAUUGUCUAGAGAGGAAGAGGCAGGAAACUGAGGGAGUUCAGCAGCAGGGAUGUGUAUUUACCAUGUCGGCGGAUGGUGUUGAGAGGUCAGACACUCUGAUCCGAGAUAAUUGUGAAAUGGCUGGUAAAACUUUAAUUGCCUUAUUUGAUACUGGAGCAUCACACUCAUUUAUAGCAUUCGAGAAAGCCAGUGAGUUAGGGUUGAAAAUAGUUAUGUUGGCCUACGACUUAGAAGUGGAUACUGCUAUCUCUGAAGCUAUUGUGACUAGAUCACUGCAGUUUAUGUCGAAAGGUUCAGAAGGACAAGUGGUGGCGAAUGGAUAUUACUUAAAUUCUCUCAUGGUGAAUUGUAGUGAAAGUGAGUGUUCGGGAUUCAUACUAUUGGCUACCAGUGUGUCGGAGGACGAAAAAAUUUUGAAUCAGAUUCCAGUUGUAAAUGAAUUUCUAGAAGUAUUCCUUGAAGGCAUAACUGAAUUUCCUCCUUCCCAAAAAAUCGAGUUUGCGAUUGAGCUGGUUCCUAGAGCAGGACUAAUUUCAAUUGCACCUUACUGA